UAAUAUUCUCUAUUUGUUUACAAACGAUGUGGCUUCCUUAUCAAUGAAUAUUGUGUCAGAUUACUGUUUUGCAGUGAAAAUUAGUGUAAAUUAAGCGCAAAUUGACUAAUCGAGUAUUUCAUUUUGGCACUGCCCUUUCUAAAUAUAUCAUAUCCGUAGUGAAGUGAUAUAACUCUGUUGAUGCCAGUGUAUGUAUGUAUUGAUCCCCAAGAUCAACACUUUACCACAACCUCAUCUCCUCAAAACGUGUUAUUUUCCCUUUGAAUUGUAUUUGAACGCGAGCGUCCAGAAGUAGAGCAGAUCACAAUGAUAGAUGACGAUACCAUUCCCUUUGGGGAGGAAGAUAACUUGAAGCAAGGCAAACUUCCACAUCCUUAUGUUACGUUUUUUCACCUAGCCUUCAGAUGUUCGGCAGUGAUCGUGUAUAUUUUCAGCAGUGCUUUCACAAGUGGCUUCAUCGCAAGUUUUGUCCUUAUAGUUCUCCUCCUAUCAAUGGAUUUCUGGACAGUAAAAAAUAUCACAGGUCGAAUAAUGGUCGGCUUGCGAUGGUGGAACUAUGUAGACGAUGAAGGAGUCUCUCAUUGGGUCUUUGAAGCUAGAAAGAAUAACUCAAGAAUCAAUCCGACAGAGUCUCGCAUAUUUUGGAGCUCGCUGAUUGGAAUUACAAUUCUUUGGGGCUUUCUCUUCAUAGCUGCUUUCUUGAGUUUUAAAUUUAAAUGGCUGCUCGUAGUCUUCAUUGCUUUGACUUUAAAUGCAGCAAAUUUGUAUGGAUAUGUAAGAUGUCGAUCUGGUUCAAAUGAGCAGCCAUUAGCAUCAUCUGUUUCAUCAUUCACGUCCAAUAUUUUCAAGAAGCACCUUUUUCAGAGUGUAGUCUCAUCUAUGUCUGCAAAUCAAAAUCAAGGCCUGAACUCACCACAGCAACAGCCCCCAACAAACAUUGUUUGAUCUCUGCUAAUUUCUUAACUCUUUCAGACCUCUUUUGUUUGUAAUAAGAGGAGGUAAGUUUUCAAAAAAGACUUACCAGAAGUUUGUUCCUGCAUUAUUUAUUUUUUCUAUUUCUAAGAGAAGGAGUUUUUGAUGUAGAAUUCUUUGAAUCCUUUUAUCUGAAAAACAGUUUAUGAUAGCCACAUGAACCUGCUUAGCUAUGGUUCGCAUUAUUUGGUUGCAUGCUUGCAGCCCUAAAGAAUAAGUUACAAAUCUUCUAAUUUUUCAUCUGCAAGCAGUAUACAUUUUUGUCACGCCAAAUAUCAGCUGUUGCUUCCUUUGGAAACCAUGCUCUAUGGGUAGCACAGAAUAUUUUAUCGAGCAAAAAACUGUUCAAUCAGAAGUACUUUGUAACCAUUUGCUUUGCUCUUGCCAUUACAAGAAAAUUUGGUAUAGCCUCAAAGUGAACUUCAAAAUGACACAAAAUACUUUUCUCUCAAAGGCCUCAAAUGAAAUUUAGAUAGUGCAGUACUCUCUCUCUCUCUCUCUCCAAAAAGACCCAUAAUGAAGGAACUCUAGGGUUCUGUACUCUCUCUCUCCAAAAAGAUCCAUUAGCAACAAUUAAUCCAUAUUGAAGGAAUUGUUAGGUUCACGGAAUUUACUAUGCUCAUUGAGCUUGGUUCGUUAUAAGUAAAAUUUCUCCAUAACAGAAAAUGGUUUGGUCCCUUGCUGAUUCGUUACAUAUAGAGACAUGUUUGAAGUAAUGAAAUUGAAAUGUAAAUCAUAGUAUGGUUUACAAUGACAGGAUGACAAACAUAGUUUGUUAGUUGUGACUGUUAACGGUUGCCUAUUAGAAUUAAGAGAUAUCCUCAAGUUUUGAUCAUCAUAAAUUGCUAUCAGAUCGAGCAUCAGAAGAUAUUUAUUUUAUAAUCUGUUCGCAAAUCAUGUCGAACAAAAAGUAACGUUGCCUCUUCAUUUUGAUAAAUGGUCACAAAGAUGACUCAUUUUGAUCCUGGAAAUUAAGCUUAAGUAUUGAUUGACCUGUGCUCAAUGAUUUAAAAUUAAUGAACAUUCUACAUUCGUCGAAUAAAAACUUGCACAAUACUAAUUAAAGCUUCUCUUACCAAAACAGAAUAUAGUGAAGUUUGUUAAAUACGACUAAACAAUCAUGUGCAAAUGAAUAUUUCUUUUCUGUGAAAAAAAAGAUAAAAAAGAAGAUACAAAAUUAGCUAAGUAAAACUUAGAACUUUGUAUAAAAAAAUCAUGAGCAGUGUCAGUCAGAGUUUAAAGAGUUUAGACCAUUCCGAAUUUUGUAAUUAAUUUUUGUUGUAUAAUAAUGAGUUACGCUUUUUUUUCAUGUUAUGUUUGAUGUUUUACCUUUUUUAAUAUACUAAUGAUGUGUGAUAAGGACGCACAUUUUUUAAA